UGACUACUUUCCCUACAGUUACGUAUGUACUUCAAUUUUAUACACCCUAAUUACUGACCACCCCAAAGAUACUUUUUCCCCUACAGAUACCGAUGAGGGCCUAUCUGAGACAAACACUGUGGGCAGCGCUUCAGAAGACCUUUCCACCGAAAGCACUGCGGAAUUGCUGUCAGAUCUGAUCACUGAGGCCGAUACAAGCACAGAUGCGUUUGUGUUGGAGACGGUCACAGAGAGUGAGAGUGCAUAG